AUGUUUGUUUCCACAUUCUCAUUUUUGUUGGAUUGCAUACUUUGUGGUUACAGUGGAUAUGAUAAUUUGUAUACUAUUGAUGAUUUUUGUGUUUGCUGCCAAGACAGUGUAGUGCCUGCAUCUGGAAAUGGGAGGUAUUUUACAACGGUAGAUGAACCAUUUAAGGUACUGGAAGCAGAAACUGUGCAUGAGCCUCCACCUCCAACAGAAAAGUUACUUGUGCUCGGUGGAAACGGAUUUGUUGGUUCAAAUAUAUGCAAAGAAGCUUUAGACCGUGGUUUGUCUGUCUCUAGUCUUAGCAGGAGCGGAAGGUCAAACGUAAAUGAAUCCUGGGCUAACAAUGUGGUCUGGCAUAAAGGGUACCUUCUCAAACCUGAUUCCUUAAAGGAUAGUGUGAAAGAUGUCACUUCAGUGGUAAGGAGUUUCUUUUUGUAUGGAUAUCUGUUGGUCAUCAAGUGCCAUGUGGCCCAUGUCAUUAUGCUGUUUCUAGCAAAUUGCAUGCCUGGAAGGCUUGGGGUAUAACUCAUUUACUUCUUUUGUGGGUGCACUUUCUGUUCACGGACAUACGACAUGUGAAGAUGUACUGAACCAUCG